AUGCCAUUCCUUAUUGGUACAAAAUAUGAUCAAUUUGUACUUUUUUCAGAUGAAGAAAAACAAGCUAUUACAAAACAGGCUCGUCGAUUUGCCAAGGCAAUGAAAGCAUCAUUGAUAUUUUGUUCAACGUCUCAUUCGAUCAACAUUCAUAAAAUAUUUAAAAUAGUAUUGUCAAAAGCGUUUGACAUCAAAUGCACGAUUCCAGAGAUUAACGAGGUUGGUGCCCCAAUAUUAGAAUAUAUUAAUAAUACCUAG